AAUAAUCUUGCAUUAAACAUGGUUUACCACUCCAGAAUCGUCGAUCUAGGAGGAGUUUCUAAAGCUUGCGGGUGUCCCUUACUUCCGAUUAGAAACCAAACGAAAGGACACGCUCGGUGCUCCGAUCAAGGUGAAGACAUUGUGGAUGAAGCAAUCAAGUUAUUUAGAGCAAAUGUGUUCUUCAAACACUUUGAUCUGAAAAGCCCUGCUGAUAGAAUUCUGGUUUAUUUAACAUUUUAUAUAAAUUUGGCCUUGAAAAGGCUUGAAGGCUGCAGAACUGUGACCGAAGGAACAAAUGCCAUCAAGAACCUGGGUUUUGAACAUGUUCAUGUUCCUGGAGAAUCUGGUUUUCCUUUUCAUGGAAUCUUUCCCCGUCCCGGGGCUAAGAAAGAAGCAGAGGUACUUCGGGAUUAUUUCAAGCAGAUAAGGGAGGAAACGAGUAGAAGAUUGUUGAACGUUGCAUACAGAGGAAACGGGACUCCGAACAAAUGGUGGUUGGCAUUCGCCAAACGUAAGUUCAUGGCGUUUUAGAAAGACAUGAAUCAACUAUU